AUGAAUAGAAGUUUCAAACACUUAAAAUUGUAAUCUAAUUUUGAAUUUGAUGCUAUCAUCUCAUAAUUGGAUAGUGGAUCACCUUUAAUCUAGAUUCAGGUUAAGAAAUUUUCAGGAAGUAAGAAUCUUGAUCUUUUCGAGACUCAAGAUGAUAAAUACGAAACUCCAAAAGAAUCAUCCAAUUCGCUAAUGGAGGAGGAUUUUAAUAUCAAAGUGUAGAAUACAUAUCAAUGA